AUGGGUUCCACUCUGCGUAGUAUUGAUGUGAAUUCCCUUCGUAUAGACUGGAAUGCCAUAGAUACUCUCCUUGGGGGCCCCUCAGGGGGCCCCUCUGGGGGCCCCCCUCGGGGCCCCCUUGAAUUCGUUAGCGAGGAUGAGGGUGAUGAAUGUGGUCCAGAGGGCACAUGGAGGCCCUCAGAGGCCCCUGAAGGUGGAGAGGUACCCCUUGAGGGGGCCCCUAAGGGGGCCCCUAAGGGUAGGGCACCUAAUGGAGGGGCCCCUGAGGGAGAAGGGGGCCCCUCAGUACCCAUAAGAAAGCGUAGGAAGAAUGUUGCUAUAAAGGAGAGAACUCUUUGCCCUGGUUGUUUAUCUAGUCGGUCUAUUUACUGCAGCAAAUGUUGCUGUCUUGUAGGUUCUGCUGCUGCUGCUGCAGCAGCAGCAGCAGCAUCACGUACAGAUACAGCAGCAGCAGCUGCUGUAUCAGCAGCAGCAGCAGCAGCAGCAGCAGCAGGAGAACAAACUCCUGCUGCACCUACAUCAACAGAACCAUCAAAAGAACCAUCAACAGCAGCAGAAUCAUCACGGCCAUCAUCCCCACCACCACCAGCAGCAGCAUCAGCAGCAGGAGCAGCAGCAGGAGCAGCAGCAGGAAAUAAUAAUUUAAUACCUAAUAUAUCCUUACCUUUUAAUGUUCAUAUAAUUCGUCACCCUAAGGAGAAAUCAACAAAAUCCUCAGCAAUUCCUCUUUUAUUCCUUUCUUCUUCUAUUUAUCUUUAUGAGCAACAAGGUAAUAAUAUUGUUGAGAUUAUACCUCUGCAGCAGCAGCAGCAGCAGCAGCAACAGCAGCAACAGCAGCAACAGCAGCAGCAACAGCAGCAGCAGCAACAAGAACCACAACAGGAGGAUAGACAGAAAGAAAGUUAUGGGGAAAUAAAGGUUCCAACAGCAGCAGCAGCAGCAGCAGCAACAGCAGCAGCAACAACAGCAGUAGUAGUACCAACAGCAGCAGAGAGAGCAGCAGCAGCAGCAGCAGCAACAAGAAGAAGAGAAGGACGUAUAUGGCGUGAUGGUUUGUCCCCAUGGUAUAAUAAAGGAGGGAAGGUAGCAUUGCUGCUGCCUAGUGCAGCAGCAGCAGCAGCAAGAGAAAUAGAUUGGGAAUUAAUAGAGGAUAUAAUAUUAUUAGAUUGUACAUGGUACCAAGCAGCAGCAAUGCAGCAGCAAAUUGCUGCUGUAAGGGGACUGUCUCCUGUGCUGCUGCUGACCAAUGGUUCUCUCUUCUGGAGGAGACACAAGAAUGGUCAUUCUUUCUUCUUAUCUACAGCAGAGACAUUAUAUUUCCUAUUAAGGGAAUAUGAUUUAAGGAAACAAGCUAAUGCUGCUGCUGCUGCUGCUGCUGCUGCUGCUGCUGCUGCAACAACAGCAACAACAGAAGCAGCUUCUCAUAAGGAUUCUAUUGAUGGGUGUAAAGGUAGGCAAAAAAUUGCAGCAAUAGAGCAGCAGCAACAGCAGCAACAGCAGCAGCAGCAGCAGCAGCAGCAGCAGCAACAGCAGCAUAAGAUGACUAUAGAAGAUGAGACAGACACAAAAGAGAAACAGCAGCAGAACCAACAGCAGCAGCAACAGCACCACCACCAGCAGCAGCACCAGCAGCAGCAGCAGCAGCAGCAGCAGCAGCAGCAGCAACAACAAUUACCCUUAGCUCGUCAAUUAAAUAAAAAAGAAGAAGAAAAAUAUUGGGGUGUAUAUGAUGCAACAGCAGCAACAGCAGCAGCAGCAGCAGCAAAUGCUUCUACUGUCUCUCCGUUUGCUGCAUCUAGUAAAUACAAAUGGCUUCCUCUCCAGCUGCUGCUGCAAAUGCAGCAGCAGCAGCAGCAGCAGCAGCCGCCAGCACGCAGCUACUGCAGCAUAACUGCUGCCCUCCCACCAGAUCGCCACCCAUGUUGUAAGCAGCAACAGCAGCAGCGCCACCUGCAGCAGCAGCAGCAACUGCAGCAACAGCAGAAGCAGCUGCAGCAGCAGGAGCACCGCAUCUUCAGUUUCUUACCUUUUCUGAAGGUGCAGGACAACGGCAGCAGCAGGCUCGACGGGCAGCAGCAGCAGCAAGACCUGCAGCAGCAGCAGCAGCAGCAGCAAAGUCUGCUGCAGCGGCUGUUGCAGCGGUUGCAGCUGCAGCGCCUGUCUUUCCUUCUCUUUUCCCGCGCCGUGUCUUUGGGCAGCAGCAAAUCGGAUGCCGGCAGCAGCAGCAGCAGCAGCGCAGCAGCAGCAAGUGGACAACCCGGGCAGCCGCAGCAGCAGCAGCAGCCGCAGCAGCAGCAGGAGCAGCAGCAGCAGGAGCAGCAGCAGCAGCAGCAAGACUACCCUCAAACAUUCUUCCCCUUCGGCAGAGGGAUAAGGGCAGCAGUCUGCGAGACAGAGCAGCAGCAGCAGCAGCAGCAGGAGCAGCAAAAGCAGCAACCGGGGAAGCAGCAGGAAGAGGAGGGGCAGCAAGAAGAGGAGCAGCAGCAGCCUCAAGAGGAGGAGCAAAAGCAUCAGGAGGGAGAGCAGCAGCAGCAGCAGCAGCAGCAGCAGCAGCAGCAGCAGCAAGAGCAGCAGCAGGAGCAGCAGGAGCAGCAGGGGCCAUUUGAUGGGUCUGCUCCUCCUCAUAUAUGGAAGCCUUGGAUCCCCCGCUAA